AUGAGUGAUAUUGGUAACUUCUUAAAAAGACAAUUAGAAAUUUUAUCUGAUCACAAAAGUCUUCGCCUGGCAGCAAGAAACAGGGCCGUCAAGCUUCUUGAAAAUCUGCAGGAAACUCUGACAAAACGAAAAGAGAUUUUGAAUUUCAUUGAAAGUCAAGAUCUAAAAUUUGCUGAGGAUCGAUAUAAAGUAAAUGUUGAAUUAAGUGUCGUUACCGAUAAAACGGCUAUUACAGGAAAGACUAGCGAAAAAUUUGCAAGAUCUUUGAAUAACGAUCAAGACAUCAGGGACUCCGAAAAUCAAGAUUCUAGAACAGAAACACAGACUACUGUUAAUAAUGAACAGGAAGAAAAUGAAGGUGAAUAUGUAGCUGCCGAUGAAAGUAUGACGAUAUGUGUCAAGGAUAUCCUUGAGGGCUCAAUUGAAGUUUCAUCUGUUGUAAAUGAAGUUACAGAAAUCUUUUUAAAUAAAUUCCCCAAAACUGUUGCACGAAAUUUUGAUGAAAUCGAUAGCUAUAUUACAGAUGAUAUCCACGAAUUUCUCACAAAGUUUUUCAACGAAGACCUUACUGCACGAGGUUGGGGUAAUGCCAUAAAUAAUAUGGAUUUUAACGCACAUGAAUCGGAACUCUUAAAAAAUACAAAAAAAUUAAUUCAAGAAACGUUACCAAAAUUUUUAAAAGCAUUUUCGCUGGAGGGUUCAAAUCCAUUGAGGGAUAUUACAUUCCUUGAAAAACCACAUCUUAAUCAAUUCUGGAGAAAUACCUUUGAAGAUCUUGGGCUCAAAAUACGGACCGAUGGAGUGGGAUUUCUAAACGAUGUUGUGAACUACCCGAUAGUUUGUGGUGAGGGAGCUAGACCGGGUGCAUCGCAAAAAAAAUGCUUUGAUAAUGACAUCAAAAAUGCAGGCAGCAUGGCAGCAUUAUAUAUUAAUAUUGUCAUAGAAGAAGCUGAUGUACGCCGACGACUCUUUACCGACUUACGAGUAUAUGGUUUAACGGCAUUUAAAACCGAAUUAUCACUUACUGUGAUGGAUUUUAGAAGUGUCCAUCGGUUAUUCGAAGUUGAUCAUUUCGGUCUACCAAAAGAUUGGGUUGAUAUGCCGAACUUUGUUUGGUUAUAUGAGGCAGUAGUCAAAUGGCCAAAUGAAUUAAUAGAACAUAGGAAGAAAAGAAGGGUGAGCCGAUACUCUGAAAUCAGUAUAGCCAAAAAAUUAGCGCCAUUAAGGGGUCAAUAUGAAUUAUCUUAG